AUGAUCUAUAAAGCGUACGGCUCGCCCGAGAACAACAGCGGCAACACUCACAUGUAUUCCAUGUAUGCGCCCCCGAACGCCUACGUCCAAGGACAGGGCGGCAGUAGAACGAUGUAUGGCUAUGCCGGCACGGGUGGCCACGGCAGUGGCCACCCUUUCGGCUAUCACGCAAAUCCCUCAAUGGGUGUCACGUACGAAUAUAAUGGUGGCAUCAAUGUACACCACAAUGGCAGCGCCUACCGCGUCGGCGGCGGCACGAAUGGCCGAGACAGAGGCGGCGACGUGGUUAGCUUGCGUAACCUGCACGGGUACGAUCAGCAGGCCACAUCUGACUACGAGGUGCACGACAAUCAACUGAAGGCUCCUGUGGUGGUGACGCCAGCGACGGUGGUGUCGACUUUAGGAAGCGCGCGCCUCUUCAGCAAGCCGCCGAAGCCCAUUGUGUACGGCUCGCGGUGCGUCGUGCGUAUCUGCGACGCGUUUCAGGAGGGCCGGUGCGCCGCUGGCGACCGCUGCCACGAUAUCCACGUGAGACCCGAGUACCUGGCGGAGACGCGGAUGGAGAUGAGUUCGUGGCUCUUCGAUCGGGAGUGCGAGUUCCGCCAGACGAUGGAGAUGGACUCGGAAAAGACGUUUAGCAUCUUCGUGGCGGACCUCAAGGAGGUGGUUGAGGUGCCGAUCAACUCGCUGGUCUUCACCAAAGGCCUUUACGUAGACCCGGCGACGCGUGCGAAACGCGCCCGCGGUGCCGGCAACCAUGCCCAUGUACACGCGAUGAUGCAGGUGCCAACAAGCUGCGGCCUUUACUCGACUGACCCACUGCAGUGCAAGUGGGAGCGGUGGUGUAAUCAGGUGCACAUUGAUCACCGGUGGAUGCAGGUGAAGAAGGCGGAGUUUGACCAGUGGUUCAUAGAGCUCCAGAACCGCUACUUCUCCCUUGCGCCAGACGAUACUUUCACGGUGCACGACCCGCAGCUCAAGAGCAGCAUUUCGUUGCCCAAGUUCAGCAUUGCAGGCUUCUCUCGCGGCCUCUUUCAGGGCUCCAUGAAGAAGCUCGCAAGUGUGUGCCUGCUGUUCCAGCGCGGCAAGUGCACGGCUGGCUCAUGCUGCAAUCAAAUUCACGUAUUCCCGCAGUACCUCAGCCUCGCGCGCGAGUUCGCGGCGAUGGAGCAGUCUCCCGACGCGCUCCCUGAGGAGAAGCAGCGGCUGAGGCGUGAGAUGGAGCUGCUGCGCGGUCCCCUGAUGAAGCAGGAGAAGCAGGAGACAGCCGCGAUGGAGUCGGCGUCGCUUCCCAAUGUCGUGAGUUCGGCGAAUGAGGGGACGCACAGCGACGCCAUGGACAUCAAGGCAGCCGCCGAGGAAGACUUGGCCUCUUGCGGUGCCCUCUUUGAGCAUGUGCAAGUCGACGAGGACGUCGAACCUGUCAGCCACCUUGUCAGCGCUAACACCUCCCUCACACGCCGCAUGAAUGCGAGCGCGCCGGACAUCAGCCUUUCCGUUGCGCGCCAUAUGAACAGCGAUGGCAGUUAUAGCUUCAACCCCUACGGCAGCGUCACUUCCUUGCCAGAUGGGUCGACGUCCUUCAACAGGUUCCCUGGCACGCGUGGCAGCGGACAGCCGAUGGACGGCAACGGCUCAGUGCAGUACACGCCGGGCAGCGUGCAGCUUCUCUCGACAGACACGAAAGGUAUGCGUCGGCUAGUGGCCCUCGUAUCGCCUGAAUCCGGCAACGGUGCGGUCGAAUUGCAUCGCAACGGGGACGACAUGGGUAUCGGCGGCAAUGCGGGCGACGGUGGCACAGCCACCGUCGCGCACGACAGGGCGCCGCCGUUCGCGGCGGGGCACCGUAGCAACGGCGGCUACCGUGCUGUUGCCCACCCUCUUGGUGAUGAGGGAGGCCGCUACGACAGCGGUACACAGGGCGAGCAAAGCUGUUCGCUUCACCCGCUCGACUUUGACGCGAGCUGGCACUUUUCGCCUACUCCGCUGCUGGGCUUUGACGCGUCGACGACAAGUACACACCGCAACGGCUCGAUUCGUGACGAGGACCCAGCUAUGCACGCCCAUCUCCGUCUGACUGCCUCCAACUCGAGCUACAUCUAUCCCGGCUCUUCGACCACGUCGCAGCAGAACCUGCUCUCCACCCCAAUGCACCGAGGGGUGACGAGUAACGCGACUACUGCUGCGAGGGUGCGCCUGGCCGCCAGCGCGGCAUCCUCGCGAACGCACGCGCACCGCUCGGCAACGUCGCUGCCGGAUUCUUCUACAACAAACCCCGCCAUGGGGGGCUCUGUCUCCUCUAUGCCUACAGCGAGGCCCACCUUUGUGGGUGAGCAACUCACGGGCACCCGCUAA